UCUAUAAAUUUUUAAUUUUUCAAAAGAUCUGUUUUUUUUAGCUGAACUUUUCGCAUAUGAUUCAUCUUUCCUCUUUUUCUCAAUGUAAAAAAAAAAGAGAAAAGAGGAGUGCAAACAAGUACAGUUAAAAAGAGCAGGCCUACGUUAGCUAAACCGAUUGUAUAAGCGACUCAACAUGCUAUGGCUGCCUCCUUGAUCAAAACGUGCACAAAGUUGAGUUUACUGCCACUCCGUGAGAUUGUCAGAUGCGACAAUAUAAGGAAAUACAAUUUAUACAGUUUGGUCCUCACUUGCACGCAAUGUCGGUGUUACUAUACAACCCCACAAUAUUUUAAGAAAAAGAAUCCAAAAUUGAAUACUUUCACUCAACUUAAACCAAAGAAACGUUUACCAGUUGUGGAUGUAUGGAAGAGAAUGACAGUGUUAGAGCUGGCAACGUCUGCAGGAAGAGAUUUAAAUGACGUUAUAAAUGCAGUUUCUAUGUCUGAUUCACUUGUACGUUAUAAUAAAAAUACCAUUAUAGAGGAUAUGAAUGUAUUGCACAACGCUGUACGGAAACUUGGAGCAAAAUUUAAAGUAAUUUCUAGACCAGAUCAAAAAGUGGAAAAUGAUACAAAGGACUACAACGUUGUUAAGCGGCCUCCACCAGACGAAUCUGUACUAAUAAAACGUCGUCCAGUGGUGACAAUUAUGGGCCAUGUUGAUCAUGGAAAAACUACAUUACUAGAUACAUUACGUAAUACAUCAGUUGUGAAAACGGAGUUUGGUGGUAUCACUCAGCAUAUUGGUGCCUUUAAUGUAACGUUGAAAACUGGAGAAACAAUAACAUUUUUGGACACACCUGGACACGCUGCUUUUAAUGUUAUGCGAAUGAGAGGUGCACAAGUAACUGACAUUGUAGUAUUAGUAGUGGCAGCGGAUGACGGAGUAAUGGAGCAAACUAUAGAAAGUAUAAACAUGGCAAAAGCCGCAAAAGUCCCGAUCAUUGUGGCUAUCAACAAAAUCGAUAAACCGGAAGCCGAUAUCGCAAAAACGCAAAACAUGCUUGCGCAACAGGGGAUCCUAGUGGAAGCAUUGGGCGGGGAUGUUCAAAGCGUUAAUGUAUCAGCUUUGCAGGGGACUAACCUAAAUAUCUUGAUAGAAGCUAUAGCAUUGCAGGCUGAGCUGGUGGGAUUAAAAGGUGACCCGACGGGGUUAGUCGAAGCUGUCGUAAUCGAAUGUUCUACUGAUCGUCAUCGCGGCAAAUUAGCAACAGCUUUAAUUCAACGUGGCACGUUGAGGAAAGGCGCGUUUCUUGUGUGUGGAUUAACAUGGGCUAAAGUAAGAGCUAUGUUCGAUCAUUCUGGAAGUCCAGUUACGGAGGCUAAAUUAUCCGACGCGGUGCAGAUUAUCGGAUGGAAGGAUUUACCUGAUGCUGGAGACGAGAUAUUAGAAGUUGAGAAUGAGAGGCAGGCACGCGUAGUAAUGCGAUACAGGGAGGCAGAGAAAGCUGCACAGUUAGCAGAGGAACAUAAAAUUGCAGCGGAUAAAAAGCAUGAAGAAUACCUGAAGGAAUACAAAGAACAUCUGGCAAAAAGAAGAGCGAUUGGCAGAUAUACAAAGUUAUCAACGCCUGUUAAGAAUGAAAGUCCCGAUAAUGGAAUACCUAAACUCAAUGUUAUUAUAAAAGGUGAUGUUGCUGGUUCUGUAGAAGCUAUAUUAGACGUUUUUAAUACAUAUGGGAGUGAUGACAAAUGUCAAUUAAGUGUCGUCCACUACGGCGUCGGAUCUCUUACAGAGACUGAUUUAGAAAUGGCAGGCACGUUUGAUGCUAUUAUAUAUCCUUUUAACGUUAGCGUAACGAAAGACUUGCAACAGGAAGCUAAUAAGAAAAAGAUAUCGAUCCGUCCAUAUAAUGUCAUAUAUAAACUUAUUGAUGAUGUUAAAAAGGAGAUAAAUAAGAAACUUCCACCGAUUGACGCAGAAGAAGUGAUAGGUGAAGCAAAUGUAUUGCAAGAAUUCGAGAUCACAGAUAAAAAGAAGAAAGUAAAGGUCGCGGGCUGUCGAUGCGUCAAAGGCAAUCUCAAGAAGGACGCGAUGUAUCGUUUAAUACGCGAACAAGAAAUCCUUUAUACUGGGAAGUUAUUGUCAAUGAGACAUUUGAAAAAUGAAACACAAACGAUUAAGACCGAUGUGGAAUGUGGCUUGAGAUUUGAUGAUCCUACGAUAUCUUUUAAAUCUGGGGACGUUUUAGUUUGUUAUCAAACGUACCAAAAACCACAAGAAACUGACUGGGAUCCCGGAUUUUAGAGAAAGUUAAAUGAAAUCACCCUUACAGAAUAUUCAGGAUCGCGGGACAUUAGGAUGCGUAAGUCUCGCGAAAACGACGCUGAAGAUGCUGAUAUGCCGUGAGAACGCUGCGCUUCUUUUUCUGAAGGCGACAAGGAGUCGUUUCCUGCGUG